AUGGCGCCACCCACCACCACGAAACGCCUCCUGCGCGAACUGAAAGACUACACCAAUAAUCCAAACGAAGCGCUCCUCCACCUCGGCCCCAUUGACAGCGAUGACCUCCUCCACUGGGAGGCAGUUCUCAAGGGUGUGAAGGGAACACCGUACGAAGGUGGCCUGUGGUCCCUCUCGAUAACGAUACCCCCAAACUACCCCAACGCACCGCCCACAAUCCGCUUCAACACCCGCAUCUCCCACCCCAACAUCUCCUUCACCACCGGCGAAAUCUGCCUGACGCUUCUCACGACGGAACACUGGACUCCCGCGUACACGCUCUCGUCGACCCUGACCGAGAUCCAGCAGCUCCUGACGAACCCAGAGCCCGAUAGUCCGUUGAACGUGGAUGUGGCAGUCUUGUUGCGAGACGGGGAUAUCCCGGCUUGGGAGAGUAUCGUGCGGUAUUGGACAGAAGAGGAGAGGUGGCAUGGUCACGAGCCUACUUAUCUUUCACAGGCUUAG